AUGUUGGACAAAGAAGCAGAACAUAUUUCUACGAAUUUGACUCAAGUGUUUGUCGAUCUUGAGACGAAAUUGCCUACCUUAGAAAGAAGGUCGUUCCGAACCCAACUUGUCACGAUGUGUGGAAAUGAUAAUUUCAUCGAAAACUAUCUGCGAGCGGCCAUCGAGGAGAUCGGAGAGGCUUCUCCAGUUACUCAGCAGGGUUGUUCCGACAUGGUCAACACCAUCGUGGAAAUCGUUUUCGACGAUGAGAGAGAGUCAAUAGAGAGUCUGGUGGAUGUCAUCAAGAAAGUUCGAGACAUCAUCGCCUUCGAAAACAUCAGAAAGAAAGAUCCUCGUAUUAAUGAGGCGUUUCAAUUAACGAGAGAUUUUUUCAAAAACAUACGCCACGAGUAUUUGGAGUUCAUUAACAGUACAACUUCCGAUAGGUCAGAGGAUCGCGUGGAAUGGUACACGCGAGGUGCUAGAGUUGAGUUGGAGUUGUUGAUGAAAACUCAGAAGUUCUUCGUCGCUGAACAUCUCGAGAUCGCUGCCAGAGAGUACCUUAAUUGUACAAGGAGUUGGAUAUUGAGUAUUGAUAAUCGAGAAAAAGCAUUUUGCCUAUACCGUGCAUGGAGGAUCGCAACAGGAACGAUACCGAUGCCAACUAGAUUGGCGCAGUUCCUUCACGAUUUACGCAGUCUCAAUGUAAGCGCUGUGAAUGAUCGCGUUUACGUUCGUCCCGCCUAUGCUCUUUUCCUUCUGAACACUACAGACGAAGCUUUACAGGUCAGUGAAGUAGAAUGA